ACCAGCCUUCCAUCUCAUGCCUCGCCUCGCCGGACCAGAGACCAGAGGGGCAGAGACCAGUCCUCCAUCUCCUCUCCUGUCGACGAAGCCAAGAGUAAGAGAUGUUUUAAAUUCAUUGACUCCAAAGAAGGACAGUGGUCCAUAUGGAAACUCAAUGCUUACAAAGUUAUUUGCAGACUCAAUAGCAAGAUCCAGUGCUUAAUAGGGGCCCUUUGUCGUUUUUAAAAGAGCUAUUUUGGUGUUAAACCCAUAUUAAUAAAAUGGGAAUACCAGUGGCUCUAAGACUUCAUUGCUUGAAAGAAAUUCAUAGACUCUUACCUCUAAAUCAUGCAGGGAAAAGUUAUCGGCUUCUUGGAGGAGCUGGAAGUUUAGUUCCAUUGUCUUUGAGCUCAUCACUUCAGAAAUCCAUUGGAAGCAUUGAAAAACAUGAUUACGAAAGCUGUGAUUAUCGUAGGUAUUCAACUAUAUCAAAAUCAAAACAAGAGUCUCUUCCACAACAUGAUUUAUUGUCCUUCAUCCAAUCUACUAUUAACAAGCAUGAAGGCCCUUCUCAUUGUUGGUUAAACGGAAUUGCGUUGAAAAAGAAUUUCUUUAAGAAAGAAGGCAUUACUUUAGUUCUUGUAGCUGAAUUCUUUCAAGGUUCCUCUUUGUCACAGCAUGACCUUUUUAUCAUGCUUGAUAAAGUCAAAUUACUUCAGCAGAGGUAUCCUUUCCUUCCAGUAAUGGGAUAUCAAUAUUGCACAUCUCCCCUUCUCUCUAAAGAUGGUUACACACAUUUGCUCCGAAGAGUGAUGAAGGAAUACAUAACCUUUCCUAUUUUGUUGUCUAACAAGAAUUUUCCUAAGAUUACCGGUGGGACCUGUUGCGUCAUUUUCAGGGGCCUUAAGAGUCCUAUAAUCUACCAAGGGAAGGAAGUGGAUUCCAUGAUUCUUGACGAUGUCAUCAAGGAUUUGAAAGUUCAGGAUAGGAAGACCGCUAAUUUCAUGCAUAAUAUGAAUAGUCCUUGGGAAAAACCACUUGAAGUAUUCAAGGAGCCAUAUCUCUGCUUUCCCUUGAGAAAUUUAUUUCUUUAUUUUCCAGGUUGUAUUUCAGUUGAUGAGAAAGGAAAUCGCGUUUUCGUUUCUGACAGUAAUCACCAUCGGAUCAUUGUAUUCGAUGCUAAUGGAGAAAUUCUAGACUGUAUUGGUUCCUCUCCUGGUUUUGAAGAUGGAGACUUUGAAAAUGCGAAAUUAAUGCGCCCUGCAGCUUCGUUUUAUCAUGCUGCUGACAAUUGCUUGUACAUUGCGGACUCAGAGAACCAUGCCAUCAGGAGAGCUGAUAUGGAGAGGAGAAUUCUAGAUACAUUGUAUCCGGCAACGAACUCAAAUAUGGAUUCCAAUAGUUUAUGGAGCUGGAUUUUUGGCAAGCUUUGGAGCAGGAAGGAUAUAGAGGCUAAAUCUGAUGAAUUUCCUCCAAAAACAUUGCUAUUCCCUUGGCAUAUUUCAAAAUGCCAAAAUGAUCUCUUUGUUCUUAAUCGCAACUUGCAGACCUUAUGGAUCCUGGACUUGGCCUCAGGGGCUCUCCAAGAAAUUGUGGAAGGAUUCUCGAAUAUAUCGGAGAUCUGUGGGCAUCUUAUUCUGGAGAAGUCAAAUAUUCUUAAACAAAUACCAAAUGAUUUGUUGAAGCAGCUAAUGCAUACUGAUUGCUCAUUGGAGGGAAUUCCAUAUGCUGAUCUCAUAUCUUCCAUUGCCACUUUUCAAGAUGAUCUAAUCAUUUGUAAUACAGUUGGUCAGGAGGUAUUAAAGUUCAAUAGCAAAUCUGGGACUUUAUCACCCUUCCAGUUCUCAAAUUUUAGCAUCCUUGGCCUUCCUUAUUGGUUCUCAUUUCCUAUGGAGCGAGUAUAUGCUACUAAAGAUGCACUAUCAGGACUUCAUGUUGAUCAUGCUGAACUUUUUAACUUGCUGCCAGGUAAAGUUGACAUAAAAUUGAGUAUCGACAUACCCGAGUCAUUUGAGCUGGUGGAGCCCUUGAACGAAAGUUGCAUAUGGCGCCAAGCUCGAGGAGCAGCAACAGUAGUCUCUGAAGCAGAGAGAAUUUCUACUUCUGAAAAGGUAUGUGCUGCCCAACAAUGGUACGAUGAACUUGACCACCGAACCUUCUGGGAAUCGGAAGUAGAAUCAAACAAAGAAGUACACAACUCAACCGAAUCAAGCGUAGAAGUGCUUAGCUCAAGUCCUUCGGAAGUUGUGCCAGAAGGGAAAGUUCUCGUCGAUUGCUGCAUCAACACUAGUCCUGGUACAAGUGAGGUCAUUAUCUCUGCUGCGCUGUAUUUGAAGCUGAGGAAGACUGCAGAUACCGGAAUGGAUAGUCGGGAGCAGAAGGCUGCCAAGAUAGCGGAUAGUUUGGACCCCACUAGAAGGGUAAGCAAAGAUUUGCUUGUUUCAUAUCUGUUGGCAUCAAAACGAGAUUUGGAAGGCCUCGUUGUAACUCGACCUUUACAAGUGAGGCUCAAGUUUGAGUGCCCAAACCACCCAACAUCAGAAGAUAAUUCCAAAGAAAUUAUCAUGACUGAUUCUUCUAUAAAUGUUAGUGUUUCUCUUUUCAACCCAUAGUUUCUUACAGUCAACUAUAUUACUUUUAGCAUCCUUGUAUUUCUAUACUGUUGUAAAAAUUUUGGUUUAUUGGGGGUAGUGGACUUUGAUGUAAUCAGAUCUUACCUCUCAUACUUCAAAUUCACUGGUGCAAGAAGUUUUUAUGGUAUAGUUGGAGUUUUAUUGAAAAAGAGAAUUUUUCAGA